GGAGCCGGCGGCCAGUGGGCGGGGUCACGGGGCCCGCGGCCCGGGGGCCGCUGGGAGCGGCGACGUCCGUGCUCCCGGCUGGCGGGCGGAGACUGGGGGCUGGACCGAGGAGUGCGGGCUGGGCCGCAGAUGUCAUGUGGCCUGUGCUUUGGACCGUGGUGCGGACCUACGCCCCCUAUGUCACGUUUCCUGUGGCCUUCGUGGUUGGGGCCGUGGGCUACCACCUGGAAUGGUUCAUCCGGGGCAAGGCGCCCCAGCCUGCGGAGGAGGAGAAGAGCAUCUCCGAGCGCCGGGAGGAGCGCAAGCUGGACGAGCUGCUCGGCAAGGACCACACGCAGGUGCUGAGCCUCAAGGACAAGCUGGAGUUCGCCCCGAAAGCCGUCCUGAACAGAAACCGCCCCGAGAAGAACUGAUGGGGGACGCGGGGCGCUGCGCCCCUCUCGGAGGCCGGGGCUGGGCUGCUGCUCUGUCGCCCGGGCCCCAGACCCUGCGCAGCUGAUCUGCUUUGCUGCUUCCUCGGCCCCUCCCGCACCCCCGCAGCCACACCACACUGUCUGCUCCCUCCUGGGCAGGCAGGCAGGGCGGGGCCAGCGAAGAGGAAGGCCCUUGAAGGGUCUGGCCCACGGCUGCCUCUGUUGCGUGGGGGCCACACGCGCUCAGGUCCUGAGCGGAUGGGAGCACUAGGGGAGGAGUGUGUGAGGUGCAUAGGGACUGUGUCUCCCUGGGGCAGCGGCCUGGACUCCGGGGAAAGGGCUGGGGUUUGGGUGCUGCCUGCAGGAGACACUACAAGCGUAGUCCUGGUUUGCACCGGGAAGAAUCAGAAGUCGACCUGGCCCCCUUGUCCUGUUCGCCCUGUUUUGUGCUCAUUCUUCCUGAAAUCCUGUCCUGUGUGCUUGGGAAUGGGAUUUCCCUGGGAAGGAAAGCCCAGGCUGUUUACGUUGGGGCUGGAGGAACAUGUGCCUAGUGAAUUCACUUGAAAACAAUCGUCAUCUUCCACCCCCCAUCACUGUGUAGUACAAAACACGAUUAAAGUGGCGUCUGAGAACCGGA